UUCUCGCGUGCUUUCCCCGAGCUGUCGCCGGCUUCUCAUUCGCUCCACUGUGAGUUUGCCAGAGAUGUCUACGCUGUGUUGUAGUCAAGCUAAAGCUAAGGCUAAGUUGAUGUAGUGGACUAUGCUGAUUUGAUAUAGCUGGCAUUGAAUCGCUAUAUUCAGUUUGACCGACACACUGUUGUGUUAGUUUGGUCUGGAGGGGGGGGGGGGUAGAGAGAGCUUUGACACAGGAACACCUCAUUCGCUUUGUGAAAACGAUGAGCGAGUUUGUCGCAGCACAAAAGAAAAGCCUAUUGUUGACACAACGUUCCUGUUUUGGGGACUUGCAUUCUUUUUGGAUACCAGUGCGUGUGAGUGUCGUUCCUUUUAUAUCGGAUGUGACAGUCGUGGUAACGACCCAGUAAAGCCACCAUGCUGCCUGUCAAGUUGACCUGCCAGCUGAGCGGGAAUGUCCUGAGGAGGAUACACCGCAAGACUUGCUGCUCCCCCCUGUCCUCCCUCUCCGACUGUUUCCUCCACAAGGAGAGAAGGACCAGGGAUGGUCCUCCCCACAGCUCCAGUGGCUUGAUAAGAGUUUAUCAGAAUAACGGGUCUCGACCAUCUGCCAAACUCCAGAGGCAAAAAGGAGGGAGAAGACUGUUCAGCCUGUCGGCUGCGACUGUGGUGAAUUCAGCACCAGCUGCCGUCCAGCCGUACCUCAGACUGAUGAGGCUGGAUAAACCCAUUGGGACAUGGCUGUUGUACCUACCAUGUACCUGGAGCAUCGGUCUGGCUGCAGACCCUGGAUGCCUCCCAGAUCUGGGCAUGCUUACUCUGUUCGGAACAGGGGCUCUGCUGAUGAGAGGAGCAGGCUGCACCAUCAACGACAUGUGGGACAAGGAUUUUGACAAGAAGGUGUCCAGGACAGCAAGUAGACCCAUCGCCUCAGGGGAGAUCUCUCAGAUGCAAGCUCUCAUCUUUCUGGGAGGACAACUCUCCUUGGCAUUAGGGGUUCUGCUGUGCCUCAACUAUUACAGCAUAGCUCUUGGCGCUGCAUCUCUGUCUCUGGUCAUUACCUACCCACUGAUGAAGAGGAUCACCUACUGGCCACAGCUGGUGCUGGGCCUCACGUUCAACUGGGGAGCGCUGCUGGGCUGGUCUGCUGUUACGGGCUCCUGUGACUGGUCUGUGUGCCUCCCACUGUACUUUUCCGGAGUGAUGUGGACACUGAUUUAUGACACUAUCUAUGCACAUCAGGACAAAGAGGAUGAUGUCAAGGUAGGGGUCAAGUCUACGGCUUUGAGGUUUGGGGAGCAGACCAAGCCGUGGCUGAAUGGAUUCUUGGUGGCUAUGAUGUCGGGGCUUGUUGUUGCCGGGGUCAACGCUGAACAGACGCUGCCAUAUUACGCUGCACUGUCCGUCGUGACCAUUCACUUAACGCAUCAGAUUUACACACUGGACAUCAACAGGCCAGAGGACUGCUGGAGGAAGUUUGUGUCUAACAGAAACCUCGGACUGCUGUUGUUUCUGGGCAUCGUCACCGGGAAUUUGUGGAGACAGAGGAGAGAGAUUUUACUUCAGAACGAGGAACUCUAAAGUGUCCAGCUAAGACAACAGUUGAUCUUUUGGAGGAUAAUGAUUAUAUUUAUUUCAUGUACAUCAAAUACUACUGUGAUAUAAUAUGGUGUAUUAUAUGGUGUACCUCUUGAGUUUUUAUUCUAAAUAAAGCUGAACCACA